GGUCUAAGGCGUGACACAACCAUGGCCAGUUUACCUGAGGUGAUGCUGGUUGCAUUUCUUCUGCUCUCUGGAGAUGCUGGUGAGGGUGGUGAGCCUGGUGGUGUCGAUACCUGUGAACCGUGCACAUGCUCAGAAACACACGCCGACUGUUCCUCGCGAAACCUAACCACCGUCCCGAAAACCCUUCCAAUCGGAAUCCAAACUUUGGAUCUAGCUCACAACUCAUUUCAUGAAUUGAUAAGGAAAUCCUUUGAUGCCUACGCAAACCUUACUACUCUAAAUAUAUCAUACAACAAACUCAAAUUCUUGGAUAGGGAUGUCUUUGAGCAUUUGAUAAAUUUGCUGAUACUGGACCUUUCACACAACGAGCUAUCACUGUCUGAACACUCCUAUCCUGAAGGACUCUUUAGGAACCAGAAGAUGUUACAACUAUUGUUUCUCCAAAGUAACACUGAAUGCAACGAAAACUACCGUUAUCCUGAUACCGUAUUCAGUGACCUUACCAACUUAACUGAACUUCACAUAGAUGGUUUGAAAAACUUCGUAUUUGGAAAAGGCUUCAAGAACCUCACAAAACUCACGUCACUGUUUCUCGUGGGAACCUGUGAUAUUGAGACAGUCCGAAACUACAGUUUUACCUACUUGUCUAAUGUGCAAAAUCUUUCCCUGGUACACUGUGGAAUCAUUCACAUUGAACAAUCGUCAUUUUCGCCCUUAAGCAAUGACAUACAUUAUUUGGAUGUUUCUGACAAUGUGGACCUUGGACUGAUUCGCCUUGGUCGCGCAUUCUAUGGACUUAGAAACAAAACAGUUCGGAUUCUGAGGGCAAAUAGGCUACACAGGCAUCGUGGAACAGGCAUAGCACUUAAGUGCAAAGACUUUGCUUCUCUUAAAUACAUAACAUUAGAAGAACUGCACAUCGAUGAUAAUCGCAUAGAAGUCCUUGACAUGGGUAUUACAGGACUUCUACCUCGCUUAAAGAGAUUCUCAGGCAGAAAUAAUCUAUUCCUGUUUGGUCCAUAUACUCUUACAGGUCAGGGAUUGAAGGAGCUUGAAUGGGCUGAUGUCUCUGGACAGUCAGCUUCAACCGCUGAAUUUUUCAAUCAGAAUGAAAACAAUUUGUAUCUUAAAUAUUCAAGAAAAGAGUUAACUUGUUUUCCUUCAAAUGAGACACAACACAAUUUAAGUAUUUCACAUGAAAAUGUUUUACAUUUAGACAGGAAACUGUCGGGUUCCCGGUCGGAUAUGAACUAUGCAGGUUGUACAUUUAGAUUACCGCAGAAGCUUUUAUUUGCCAAUUUCAGCAGAUCCAAAUUGAGUUUCCGUAUAAAAAAUGUAUCAUGUUGCAAUUCCAAGUUAAAGGAACUUGAUCUUUCUCAUAAUUUGUUUUCAAAAUGGGAAGGACCGAUUGAAGGGUUUGAAAGCCUAGAAAAAAUAGAUCUCUCUCAUAAUUUCUGUGACUAUGUAAAUAAUUCAGUUUUCAAAAGUCUUAGCCGUUUGAAAACAGCAAAGCUUGGGACAAAUUUUCUUGGCUAUGCAAUGAAAGACAUACAGUUUAACAUUAGUAAAUUAUAACAUCAAGACUUGACAGAUAACAAGAUCCAGGAGCUGACAAGGUCUAAUUUCAUGUUACUGAAGUCCCUUAAAUACUUAGACCUUAGUCACAACGAUCUUAGAUCUUGGAAUGCUGACAUCGAACAUAUGCAUAAUUUAAGGACAGUAAAUAUUUCUCAUAAUUUAUUUGCAGACUUUCCAAUAAAUCUGGCAUUACAAAUUGACCGACUCAACAGUAGGAAUUUGAGUGUUGAUUUUCAGGGCAAUUUCCUGCAAUGUAAUUGUCUCACUUUAAAAUCUUUGCAAUGGAUAAAUAAGAAUUCAAACAUCUUUCUUAACAUACAAGGUCUAGUAUGCAUGUUUAAUCAUAAAAAUAUCAAUCUUACAAACAUACAUGACAUCGUUCUUGAACUUGAAAAAACAUGUGCUUCGUAUGUAGGAUUGAUGAUCGGCAUUCUGAGCAUCAUCGUGUUAGUCUUGGCUUUAUCUAUAGCCGGCGUUGUGUUCAGGUACAGGUGGAAGGUCAGGUAUCUUUACCACUUAAUGCGAAAUAGACAUCGAGGAUACCUCCCUGCUGAAGAUGUAGAACAGGAAUUCGAAUUUGAUGCCUUCAUUUCGUAUGCUGAUGAAGACCGCGGUUUCGUUGUGAGGGAAAUGCGCGAGAUUCUGGAAGACCAGGAGAACUUUAGUCUGUGCAUCCACCAUAGAGACUUUCUCCCGCGAGAAGCCAUCGCGGCCAACAUCCUGAAAGCCAUCAGUUCCAGCAGAAAGACUGUGGUGAUCCUGACCAGGAACUUCCUGAAGAGCUACUGGUGUAGAUACGAGAUGGAGAUGGCCAAGAUGGAGAGUAUCUACACUGGAAGGAACACCUUGCUGAUUGUAGUCAUGGAGGACAUUCCUGUGAAGGAUCUUCCUGUGGAUAUAGUGGAGGUGAUGAGACGGGACUCGUACGUGGAGUUCACAGAUGACAUGGAGGGGAAUGCAGUGUUUUGGCACAGCUUGAAGAGAGGCCUUCGAGGAUGAGAUUUGAACAUUCGUGUGACAAUUCUUCCUGAUGAUUCUGUCCAGGUGACGAGACUGGAUGUACGUAAACGUCACCAAUGACGGGAAAGGGAAUAGAAAUGGUUUUGCAGUCCUGUAAUAGCGAUAGAGUGCUUGCAAUGCUGGUAACUGAACCAAGUUGUAUUGUUUUUAUUGGUUGUUUCGUCAAUUUGUAUAUAUUUUAAGAUGUAUAUUGUAUGUAGAUUCUGCAUACUUGGUAACCCUUGUGGCCAUACUUUCCAUGUACACCCACGUGCGGGUAAAUAUAUGGGCGUUAUAUUCACACGCUAAUAGAACUGUAUCUCAGCUUUGGCUAUAUUCUUGUUCAUGAUUUACAUUUCAUACUCUAUAAACAAAAUUUACGUAUAUACCUCAUAUGAAUUGUAUAUAUUCAUUUUGUGCUUAUUAUUAUUUACGUUACGUAAGUAUAUGUGUGUUUACUUAAAAAUGAAUAGGUGUAAGGUUGUACAUACAUAUCCCUGUAAAAUUUUACUUUGUUGUGUGUGAGUUAAUAUUUCCUGUCAAACUAUUUCAGCCUUAAAUAGACUAUAUUGACAGAUAAGUUCUCAAGCGAAUGUGUAUAUCCUGUAUUAGGAAUAAACAUUGUAUUUAGCGAGCCUUGGCAAGCUAAUUACAUAGUGUCUAUUCCUAAUAUGGGAUAUAUUAAAUUCCCAGAAUCACACAAGCGUGAGAAACUCUUUAUCAUGUGAUGUCAUUCUUGAUUUCUGUAGUCGAAAAAGAUAAUCUUAUCUCUUCCGAAUGAUACCUUAACAUUACAAGAUUUUCAUGUUCUAGGUACAUUUGAGAAUCUAAGGACUUGUUUACAGUUAUGUGUUGAGCCGUUUUAAUAAAACGUGUACGCAAA